UUUCUUUCUUUCUUUUUUUUUUUUUCUUAUUCUUCUUUGAUUAGUGGAUGAUUUAUCUUCGAGCAUCAUACCAAAACGACCCUGGGGUGAAUAUAGUUUACUUCAAUUCUCAAACUCACAACCUGAUAUGUUCUCUCCUCUACCUGGUGUUAUUCACUCGCUACAAAUACGAACUCCUACUACCUAUUCUUCAACAAUGAAUAAAACUGAACCAAAGGUCAACUCACAAUCACCAAACGACUUGACAUCGUGCGAUAACAAAGAGGAUAAAGACAAUGCAGCCAUCUAUGACGACAACAUGAAGGAAAUUUUAGUGAAAAUGCAAAAGCACAGUAUCAACGAAGGAAAUGUCGAUUGUUUUUUGGAAAGGCAAUCAUCUACUGUGUCGUCUAGUACUAGGAUUUAUGAACCCUUGAACAGCAGCAUACAAACUGAAAAGUCAACUUCAACAUAUACUGGACGGACACCUUUACCAACAAUCAAUAAGCAAUCUUGCAAGCCAGGAACCACAUUACCCGCGGAAUUCGAAUUCUCUUUUACAAACCCUCAACAACAUUUGGUGGAUGAAAAAUCAUAUUAUCGAGAUGGCAACAAUGCAAAUGGUUUACAAUGGUCACCAAGUUUAUCAAUACCCAUUCAACAACGAAAAAUAUUACCCUUACCGACUUCACGGUGGAAACGAGUUCGACAACAACAACAACAACAACAACAACAACAACAACAACAACAACAACAACAACAACAACAACAACGCCAAAUCAACCUGUCUUCAUCAUCUACAGCAACCUCAACAUCUGCAACAACUGAAAUAAAAGAACAACCUCUAACAAACAGUACUCCUUUUUCUUCUUCAUUCACAUUUAAAGCACCACUAUCAACAGCAACUUUAAACAGAAAGAAAAGCACAAAGUUGAUAUUCUCUCCAGCGCUCACUACCUCUCCAAUCAACGACUGCCAAACGAAAAAAGAGCAAGAUUUCCACGAUAAUACCAAAAAGGCCAAGCGAAAUGGGGAAGAUGAUUUUAAUUUUUGUAUAGCAGGGGAUAGCGUGGAUCUAUGCAUGAAAAGCAACAGUAGUGGAUCAUCAGCAUCAAGCACAAUAACAACUACUACCACCAAAGCGAUACCAUUACAAAAUUUAUCACCCUCUGAUACUAGUAUCGUGAUCGAUGACACACUGCAACCAACACAACAUCAUACGCCACUACCAUUAUCAUCUACUGCGAUACCAUCCAGGACCAUUACCAAGAUACCAUAUAUACCUUCAGCAUCGUCAUCAUCAUCAUCAUCGUCAUCGUCAUCCCAGGAUUUAACGACUGUUUCAAAAUCACCAUCUGUUGCAUUACAGCCAGAAAACUCCAAAUCACUUGCAGUAUCGACAAAAACAAAAAGAAAUAGCAAAUCACCGAUCUCGUCAAAUUCAUCACAACAAUCAACUCUGAAUCCAACGACAUUACAACCUCCACAGAAAACAGGCCAAGAGAAAAAGGGUCAAGGAAAAACCCCAACACCUAUGACAUCGAAUCAAUCUAGUAAAAAAGGUGGAAGCAAUGGUAGUAGCAAGAAAAAGGCAAGAGGUAGAAAAGGCAAAGCGAUGAAUAUACCAUCAGCAUCGUCAAUAUCCUCUGGUGGUAUCACAUCAACAGGAAAAAAUAAUAAAGGUAGUAACAACAAUUAUGAAUUACAACGACGACAUCAAUCUGGAAACAAUAUCAAUAACAAGAAUAGCGUGGAUUUGGUGCCCUCAUCUGUUUUAGGAACGAAUGAUUGGAUUUGUCUCUUUUGCCAAUAUGAAAUAUUCAAGAACGGUUGGAUGAUGGCUGAGCGAAGGCAACAAAUGGUAAUCGCACGAAGGAAACGCAACAUACAGAAAAAACAACAUGAACAAAAAGAAUCACUCCAACAAGAACGAUUUGACCACCAAAGAAAGACGAAAAUGACUGAUCCAAUAUCUUGAAUAUCAGUAUAUUGAAUUUAUUCUAUAUCAGUACACAUAUACCUUCAUCAUUCAAGUUAGUUAGUAGCUGUGGUUUAUCAUUCCCAUCCUGAUAUCAAGAAUCAAUAAAAAAAAAAAUUGUUUAAAAAAAGGUUAUCUUUUGUUUCACGAUUUUGUAAGAAUUUUGAGUUUUGACAGCCAAAUAUAGAUUUUUUUUUAUUGCUUUUGGUUAAUAAUGUCAAUGAUGAUACGUAAAAGUUGAAAACUAGCAACAAGAACUUG